AUGCCAUUCAGAGGGACCUUAACAGGCUUGAAAGAUGAGCCCGGUUCAAGUCUCGAUGACCUUGAAGUAAACAGCAGAAGUGAAAGCGUUUCGGACAGAUCCAAUAUACCUUACCCUCUUCUUGAACAUCCAGAGGUGAAGGCUUGUAGCAGGGAUGGAUUAGACCCUUGUGAGAUGAGCAUCAACCGGACAGAAUCACUACCCUUGCCUAUCAGUCCACAGACCAAGGAAUGCUCACCCUCUGGAAUUCGGUCACGCUCGUAUUCCUGUUCCUCCCCCAAAGAUUCAUUGGGAAGACCUCGCAUUCCUCAGUACUUCACAGUUGCUGAUUCAGGUGAAGAUGGUGUUCCCAUGAACAGUGGCCGAUCCCUCCUUCAGGCUCUCUCACUCUCUAAGUCAGUGUCCCUGCUCCACCCCUGUAAACGAGCAUACAGCUUGCCCGAGCACUCCCGAGAGAAAAGGAUUCAGGAGGAAGAAUGGGAUAAGUAUAUUGUACCUUCAAAAACAGAGUCUGAAAAAUACAAAGUGAGCCGGACUUUCAGCUUUCUGAUGAAUAGAAUGACUAGCACACGGAAUAAGUACAAGACAAAAAAUAAAGAUACCAAAGACAAAGAGAAGCUGAACAGACAUAAUUUUAUAAAUGGAACCUUCUCUGGAAUUAUGCCAUGUAUGGCCUGUGAAAAGGCCCUCCUAGGAAGAGAAUCACUGCAGUGCUCUUAUUGCAAUGUGAUUGUGCAUAAGAACUGUAAGGAGUGUGUCCCUGUGUGCACUAAGAAAUCCCAGGAGAGGUACCAUAGCAAAAACAAACCUCAAGUUGGCAUAGGAAAUUUGUCAUUUGGAGACAUUUCACAGCCUGGGAUUUUGUCAGUGCAUCCUUCUUCCUCUGUACCUAUUGGACUAUCUGCCGGGAGGAGGGAAGCCUUGCAGCAGUCCCAUUCCUUGUCCAAAAGUGUCCCUGGUGCCAGUUUUGAAAGGUAG